AUGGCAGUACAACGGAAUGAUGUGGAACGGCGACGCGCUGAACAUGUCGACGUGGUUGUGCGAACGGCGUUGCAAGAUGCCGCAGGUGUAGCUUCGUUACUUGCUACGACGGAAUGUGUUGUUAAUGAAUUACCUAAAGAGGACCCAGUGCCAGGCAUGGGCGGUAUGGGAGGAAUGGGAGAGAAGGGAAUGAUUAGCAAAGCACAGGCGUAG